AUGCCCGGACUCGAGGAGCUGACAAUGCGCCUGCAAACGGCCUUUGGCUCGCGUUACGAAAACUACAGCCAACUGGUCGCCGGCUUUCUGCACGGUCAGGUGUCCCCUGAGGCCUGGUCCGAGCAGAUCGGUGAAUUUGUGGGCGAGUCUCCCUUGCUGGUCGCGCUCCACAAUGAGUACAUCCUGGCUCUCCUGGAUCAGCAAGAGGCGAUAGAAAGCCCAAAUGUCAUGCCCACCUCUCUGGCCCAUCUGGCUGACCACGAGGCCCGCGAUGCUGCCGAGGAAGAAGCGCUUGCACAACAGGCCGCCCAGGCCUGGCGACCACCCAUGCUAGUGGAGUCUCUGCGUGAACUCAACCUACUCGAGGUGGUCCUGUACGCCGCUGAAGCUGGCCUUAAUGGUACGCCUCACCUGACCGACACGCUGCAAAGGGAAUGGAAUCACACGACUUAUUGGAGCGCGAGCAAGCAUGCUCAUGCUCGGUCCUAA